AUGGCAGAAGAAAACAUUUCGCUUUCCCAAAGGAUGAUAAGUGCCUGUUCUGGCUCACUUGUGACUUCACUUGUUGUCACCCCAUUUGAUGUCAUAAGAAUAAGAAUCCAGCAACAAAGUAUUCUACCGCAAGAACAACCUUGUUGUCAAGCACAUUUCCCCGAUCAUAGUUUCCCAAAGCAAAAGGUUCCUAUUGAAGUGGCUCCCGAAUUAUUUUGGAUUCAUGACAAAUACUGCCAGUCUGCUGAAUCAUGCACUCGUAUAUAUUCAACAUUCCAAGGAUUCAGCACGGUGGCGAAACACGAAGGAGUUGGCACUUUAUGGAGAGGUUUGUCUUUAACCUUAUUAAUGGCAGUUCCGUCAAAUAUCAUUUAUUUUACUGGUUACGAAUAUAUUAGAGACCAUUCCCCAAUAGGCAACCAUCCUUUGAAUCCAUUGUUUUGUGGGUCGUUGGCUAGAACUUUGCUGGCAACAUUUGUAGCCCCAGCAGAAUUGAUCAAGACUAGAUUACAAUCUAUACCCACUGAUCUGAAAUCAGCUUCGCAUAUAUUGUCCAAUUUAAUAAGAGAUCUGAGUGCAGCUGUCAAGAAAGAUGGUGUUAGAACUAUGUUUAAAGGAUUGGGCAUCACAUUGUGGAGAGAUGUACCAUUUUCGGGAAUCUACUGGUCAAGCUACGAAUUUUUCAAAUUAUUUUUGGCUCUGGUUUUGAAGACAGACUUUAAUAACUCAACAACGAGAGGAAUUGAUCACUGGAAAGUAUUUGCCACUUCCUUUUUAUCAGGGUCCAUAUCAGGAACAAUAGCAGCUUUUUUCACUAAUCCAUUCGACGUGGGCAAAACCAGAAUACAAAUUACAAUGCAAGAAAAUGAGAAAAUAUCCCAUCCAAACAUGUUUAAAUUUUUAUUUAAGAUUUACAAGAAUGAAGGAAUGGGGGCAUUAUAUGCUGGGUUUGGUCCUCGUGUAAUGAAAAUUGCUCCAGCAUGUGCAAUCAUGAUAUCUUCUUAUGAGGUGGGGAAGAAGUUUUUCAAGAAUGGGAACAACUUUAGUUAA